AUGGCAGAGCAGGUGGGGCGGCGGCAGGACAGGAUGAGCGGCAGCAGGCGGGACAGGCGCAGCGCUGGAGCACAGCCCGCUGCCCGCGGGGUGAUGCCGUGGCAGAUCGGCAUCUCCCUUCCCUUACGCGGCGCUGGGAUCCAGCCUGGAAAAGGUCCGGCGCGAGCCCCUCCGUCGGCGAGCGCUUUCCGCUGGAUCCCUUCCCCGCUGCCGGAGAAACGCGCGGCGGAGGCCGGAGCGAGCCGGGCAGCGAUCCCGCCUCCCGUAAACCCCAGGAGGCUCAGAGGCGGAGGGAGGCACCGGCGGGCGGGCGGCCGCGGCCCGAGCGAGCCCGGGCGGGAUUCGGCGAGCUGCCCUUGGUCCCGGCGUCCAAGGUCAUUUCAGUCCCGCGUGUCGGAGCUGGAGCGGAGCCACCCCGGGAUGCUGGAGAGGAACGGCCGGAGCCGAGCGGCGCUGGCAGGAGAGAAUGAGGCGCGACGUCAAGGCCGGAGGGAGCCCCGCGCGUCUCUCCCGCGAUGUCCCCGGUGCUCCCCGCCCCGGGAACCGGGGGGUCACGGCGGGGACAGAGCCGAGACCCGGGUCCCGGGAUGCCCGCAGGUCAGAGGUUCUCAUCUCACCGGGAGCCGCUCCGAGCGCCCCGCGGCACGGAGGGAGCCCGGAGGGAGGCGACCCCCGGCCUGCGGGGCUGUGCGGGGCACGGUGGGACUGUGGGUCUCGGCCACCACCGGGGCCGCGCCCGGGGCAGCCCCGGCGCAGAUCUCAUCCCCGCCGGCGCUCAGAGCCCCUCAGGCGAAGCCGGCGGAGUCGCCGGCGGGCAGCGGCGGGACUUCUUCCCCGGCCCAGCCCGGCCCGCCACUUCAGGGAAUGGGCGAGGGGGUAUCGGUGUUUCCGCGCUCCCCUCAGCGCGGCGCCGCCGGCCGGGACAGGCCGAGGGCCAGCACCGGCUCGGCGGCAGCGGCGGCGGGAGGGUCGCGGUCCCGGCACCCUCCGGCCCCGAGGCCCUUCCCGGCCCCAGCCCCCCUCAGUGCCGGGUCCCCCCCAGCCCCGGAGCCCCCCGAGCCCCCCCGCUACCUGCGCGCGGCCCCGCGCGCCGCCGUCAUGCCCCGCGCGCCCCGGCCUCCUCGCGCCGCCACGGCGCCCGCCCAUUGGCCGCCCGACGCCUUCCACCCCGCCCAUUGGCCGCACACAGCGGAGCCCCGCCCCCUUCCUUCCGCCCAUUGGCUCCACCGCCCAGUCCCGCCUCCGCCACACUGA